UUGAUCGAAAACUAUGAGAUUGAGAUUUUGUGUGUUUUUUUGGUGUUCCUUGAACUGCCCCGUCUAUAUGUGUGUGUAUAUAGGGCUAACGAAAGCAGAGUAUUUGCCUUCUCUUACCCCCAAAUUCUAUCUUUCUUCCUCUCAUGAGCCCUUGUGAACAUCAGGGCCCCUGAAAUCCUGGAAAGAGACAUUUGCUCUGCUUUGUACUGUUUUUGGGAUGCCUGGUUUCAAAAAGAAUUCAAUGGAAAUGCUCUAGAGGCACCUUAAAGAUUUUGUAAAUGAUCAGGGUAAGCGGAUCACCGUGGAGGCUUUUGGAGCUGAGGAGCUGGCUAGAAUGGAGAAGAAAGAGGAGCUGUAGUUAGGAACCUUAGAACCCCCUUCAUUUGUGUAAAUGUUGAACUCUUGUGAGAGUAUUUGUUGUAAUAAGAGCCAGACUCCAUUUGAUGUUAUCAAUAAAAUGUCCUUUUAACGUACCCAAAAUGAAUGCACUCUCACAGUUCACAGGUAACUUGCAUGCCCUGCAAACUGUGGAACUGAAUACGAGUUGUGCAAUUCAGUUACCUGAUGAGAUAUGCAAAGCAGAGCAGCUGAGACAUUUAAUUAAUUGGACGUUUCAAAUGGCCGUUUGGAGUGGACAAUUUGACAAAUCUUCAUACUCUCACAGAGGUGUUUGUCGAGGAGUAGAUGGAAUUUAACCCAAUGGAUCUGAUCAAUCUUCGCGAGCUUCAAUUACAAUAUGUUGGAAAGGGCAUCAAUAGAUUCACACUAGAUUCUAUUGGUGGAUUAAGAAGCCUCCAAUCCUUGGACAUAGAUGUUUUGACAGAGGAUCAACUCGGAUUCCCGAGGUCCAUUUGCACCCGCUCUCUCGCUGCCAACACCUCCUCCAAAUUGAGGUUGGGAGAUUGGUCGUUGGUAGAUUGGAAGCUGCCAACAGAGGUGCUUCCAAAUCUCAAGUACCUCUGCUUACAAGCAAGCGGUCUUACCGAAGAUCCUAUGCCAAUGUUGGAGAAGCUUCCAGAAUUGACAGUUCUCUUAUUGGAUAGUUAUCUUGGAAAGAAAUUGGUUUGCACCGCUGGAGAAUUCCCUCAACUCGAGAUUCUACAACUUACGAAUGCUUCUCUAAAGGAGAUCCAAGUGGGAAGAGGAGGAAUGCCUGUGCUUAAGGGUUUGUUGAUAGUAGUCAGUCGUUAUGUUUCGAUGCCAGAUAGACAACGCUCCAUCCUUGCCCCAGACCCCGGUAUCAGUUGGUCUAAGUGGGGUUACUAAUUAAGCAGCUAUAAUUAGUUAUACCUUUGAGUUGAGGCAGGUCAGUAAGAGGUGGAAUAAAGUAUUGCAGCUUUGGAUCUUUGUAUUUUUCGUUUCGGGAAUAACGUUUGUUUAGACAAGUGUGCUUAGUUUUCGUUUUCUUUCAUUUGAUAAGUUGACUCGUUGAUCGAUGAUUGUCCAAUUUUAGUGAAUAAACUGCUUAUCUUAUGUCAUGUUAAAUUACUCUCGGUAAUUUGCUACAAAUA